AUGGCUAACCAUAGGCUCACCGAUAAACUUACAAUGCGGAGUUGUUUUCGUUGGAUUUUAUUCGGAGUACUAGUAUUUACAGUCGUCAAUUUCUGUAUCAACUACACACAGAAAUAUGAAAAUGAGAAUGAGCUCAAUGUGUUCAAGUGGACUCCACGAGAAGUUAGACAUGACACAGCGAGAAACUUGUCUGCCUACAAGUCAACUCCCAUUUUUGAUGCUUAUUACAAAUGCGUUUUUCCAAAGUUGGAGCCACUCAAUGGGCAAUACAAUGAAUUCUUCUCCAAAUUCUCCAAUUUAACAAAAGAAUGCGACAAUCUCCAAGCCUACAAGGCGUUCGACAUCCGCGAGGUCUUGAACAUAGACGAGAUUAAGUAUGUUGCACUUCCUCGAAACCAAACUCAACUUCUCACAAUGGUCACGUUGGGCAUCGGACAUGACGUUACGGGAGAGAUAGGCUUGAAAGAACUUCACCCUAACAUGGAAUUCUACGGAGCCGAUCCAACUGCCGACGUGAACAAAAUUUUGUAUGAGGAUAAGCUUGGAGGAAAGUACUAUCGAUACGCUGUUAGUGGAGUGAAUGGAGUGCAGAAAUCGAGUAUUUAUAAAGAGUACGAUAACUAUAAAACAGAGGCCACUGAGCACAUAGCAGUGGACUAUUUCUUCAAAUACAUCCUUAAUAAAAGCCUCAUUGACAUUUUGUGGAUUGAUAUUGAACAAAAUGAGUUUCCAAUUAUGGAGCAGCUUCAUGUAAAUAAAGAAAUUGACAAUGCAGGUGUCACAAUAUGUCAGAUGAAUCUCGAAGUUCAUAAAGGAUUAUUCGAGCAACCAGUUGAGGAAACAAAGUUGUUCCAUGAUUUCGUGUGGAGAGUUCUCGAAGAAAAAAGAUAUAUCAUGUUGAAUUCAUAUUCAGAUAAAUUUAUUAGAACUUUUAUGAUCAAUGUUGGAGAUGAAAAGUGCAGGAAUUCAUUGCUACGUUGA